AGUGCAGAUAUGCAGAACAGAUAUUUGUGAACACCAGAAACGAAAAUUCUGGAAGAUUCCAGAGGAUGAUAUUCUACCGUAUUUUACCUUCAUUUUAUCUUCGAAUGUCAGUUCGAGAACAUCUACUGUAUCUUGGUGUAAAACUUGUGACAUCGUGAACAUUCUGUAAGAAUUGCGAGCCAAACUUUGAAUAAAGGAAUAACCAAAUUUGAGAACUUGAAUAAUCAAAUCAACAAUGUCGUCGAAAACUGACGAAGUGAAAUUGGACAUCGAGGAGCUCAACAGCUUACUCGAACAGGCUCGUAGACAACGAACUAAAGACAUAUUAAUGCUAGAAAUUAGAAGACUACAGACAGAAUUGGCAAGGUUACUUGAAGAAAACAAAAAUGCAGCCAUCAAACCGACAACUCCUUUGUUCAACGGUCCCAAAAAGUGCUACGAAGUGAAAUUGAACAAUUACGGAUGGGAUCAGACGCUUACAACAGUCAAAAUUUAUAUAACAUUGAAGGAUGUUCAUCAGUUGCCCAAGCAAGCCAUCAUCUGCAACUUCACAGACAAGUCUUUGGAUCUGCGAGUACUCGGUUUGGACAAAAAAAAUUAUAACUUGCCAAUCAACAAUUUGUGCGCCGAGAUCGACACCGAGAGGAGUAGUUUUAAAGUGAAGACCGAUAUGAUCGUCGUGUUACUAGCGAAAAAAGUUGCCAAAGACUGGUCUCAUAUCACAUUAGUGGAAAAGAGAAUCAAGGAUGCGAAAUCAUCUGUACCAGAAUUGGGAGAAGAUAGCGAUCCCAGCGCUAGUCUAAUGAAUCUCAUGAAGAAGAUGUAUCAGGAUGGCGACGAUGAGAUGAAGAAAACAAUAGCAAAGGCAUGGACCGAGAGCCAAGAGAAACAGAGAAGCGGUACAAUGGAUUUGUAAUUCCGGUAUUGAUCUACGAGAUCUCGUAGAUCUAAAAGUGUUAGGUAAUACAUCUUGCGUUUUCUUUUUUGCGUUUGAUACAUCAAGUGUAAUAUAAACUUUAUAGUAUUUAAAAUAAAAAGUAUAGAAUUAUAGAAGAACACAUUAUACAUAUUUAUUCUUUCUCAAUAAAAAGAAACUAUGUAUGUAGCAUUAGUGUAACAACAAAUUGUUGACCUUAAGGCACUUUUUUUUAAUACUUUUAAU